AUGCCAUCUGGAGUGAUUUUCAUCAUCUACAUACCUUCUAGUAACUAUGAGCAUAUUUUGAAAUUUGGCAAACCAAGAGAUAUAAUCUCCAUUGAAGACACUCAUGUACAAACUAAACCAUGCCGUCUAGAAGUUGAGUUGCGCAAUAAAAAAUCAAAGAGUAUACCUAUACAUUUGACGCAGCAGUAUUAUAAUAACGAAGGCUUCAAUCCUACUUUAGUUAACAUCAACGAAGACGACGAAUGUUUCACAAUGGAAAGUAUUCUGCAAGAAUUGUUGAAGAAACUCUAUGUCGAACACGUUGUGUGGGUGAGUGAUAAGACUGGGAACUACCAGGAGGUAAUGUUUCCACUUCCCACUGGAGAUCAGUGCGAGACUAUGUUGCAUUGUCUUACUCAACUCGGCAUCGGUGUCCGAUGCAAAUCCAUCGUAAGGCGUAACAGAGAAGAUGCGAAGCGCUGGCGCAGUUUCGUCGAAUCCAUCAGAUCGAAACUAACAGUAAAGCAAGUAGUUGAUGGUGUGCGCGGUGGCGGAGAGUUGUCUUUCGACUAUUUGACUCUAAUUAUAACAGCUGAAGGAAACGUAAGAUCUCUAUGGAUGGGCGUCCUGUGGGCUCUCACGUCAGGCACAGGAGUAGCUCUCGCUUUACUUCAAGGAAGCGCUGGACCACUGAUUGGGAUCGCAAUAUCAGCAUCCUUAUUACCUCCUGUUGUUAAUUGCGGAUUAUAUUGGGCUCUAGCCUGUAUAUGGUUAUUAUACCCGGAUGUAAAGAUACCUCAUUUAAAAGGAGAGUCAUACAUCGGCAAUUCUAGUUAUGUACCACUGUACCAUGACUACCUACCUAUUGAAUUUGCUGUAAAUGAAGUGGCUGCUCCGUACACAUCUACACCAGACCUUCGCCGCUUUUGGGAAAAAGACAUCAGAGUGGCGAGGGAAGCAAACCGAACUAAUUUACAGAAGGAAAAUGCUGAGGAACGCUCAGAAUUGGUUUUGGAAGAUCUUGAUCAAACCACCGAUGAAGACUUAAAACAGAAACUUGAAGCAGCAGUACAAGAAGCUUUGGACGAUGAUACUUACAGAAAGGUCCAAAGGAUGAGCUACCAGAGUCAUUUUGCUGAUGAGGUAUUACGUACAAUAGGAUUGCAACCUCGUGAUCCUACUUCUGCGAGGUCCAGCGUCGCGUCUACGCCACACUCAUACAAAGCACCAAACAAUAACAACAUAGCAGACAUUGCAGCAAUCGACAAGAUCCUAACUUCUCUUCUUGGAAUGAGAGAGAGCCAUAGAUCUUUUUACUCGCAUAGUGGCACACCAAGAUCAAGCAGACUUCAAUUCCAAACAGGUUUAACUCACAACAGACGAUCAGAGUCUUGGACUGAACGAAUAUUUGAAGAUGCUGUCGUGAACAGUGUGUUGAAUAAUUUGAAGGCAAAUAAGACCAAUUCACCUGACGAAGAACUAUUCCUGACUCCAAAAUGAAAUGUUAUAGAAAUCCUAUAAUUGUUAAUGUCAAUUAUAUAAUAAAUAGAAAAUAAAGUAAAAACUUUCAUACUUUACAACAUAUUUCACCUGCUUUCAUUGUUUCAUAUUAAAUCAAGUUUCCAGGAUGUGAAAAUACUUUAAAAUAAAAUUAGACUGUUUAAAAUAAAAUAAUUUAUUUUCUUUUAAAAUCAAUAAGGUAACAAUCUAUACAAACAUAUCAACAUUUCAUAAUUCCUACAACGUUAAAACUGUAUAAUUUAACUUUAUGGUAAAAUAUACCAUCUACUAUCACAGCACUUGUAUGUAUUUUAGCAGUUGUCCUCCUCACAAUGGAUGCUUACUAAUAAAUAUACCUAUAUACAAAGAUUUGGUUAGGAUGACUUCUUGCCAUUUUCUGAUUGUUUGGUCAUGGUCUUCAGAGAUUUAUUAUGUUUCACUUGUGAAGAAUAAAUAUCAUAACCCAAAGAUAUAAUAUUGUCAUAGAGUACUCUAUACCUAGUUGGUAAAAAAUAGAAAUUAAUCACUUGUGCCGGUGGCCAUACCAUCCACUCUGCAGUAUAAAGUGUGAGAAAUUUGUCCCUCACUUCCUCUUUGAAAUUUUGUAAUGGGUUAUCUUCGAGCAAUGCUAGACUCCCAAAAAACGUCAUAAUCAUAAUGGGUGAAAAUAUUAAUUGAUCUAGUAAUAAUUUCUUUAUAACCAUGUCGGCUGUUUUGCCAACAAUGAAUUUAUCUAAUAUUUUAUACCAAUAAUGACAUAGAACCCCCACUGCUGAGCCAGAGAAAGCCAUAUUUAAUGUCCUUUUUGCAUCAUACUCUUUCUGCUCUUUUACAUAUAGUUCAUAAGAUUGUUCUAAUGAAUCUCCUAAUGCUGACAGGCUGACAGAAAUGGUAACAUUGGUAUAUAAUAAAUAUUUGUCAGUAAAGGCCACCUUAACUACUCUUCUUACACGCUUUAGGUAUCCCCAGUUUUUUACAUUAGAUGUUAACUUUCUCCAAGACAUAAUUAGUGUAUGCAUUUCACCUGAAAACAAAAGAAAAAUAGGAGAUAAUAUUAAAUAUUAUAAGUAUUUUUCAGAGCAAACAUAAAAUAAAUAGAAACUCAAUUAGUUUUAUUUUACAUAUAACAAAUAAACACUUCAAAUCAAAUACUCAUAAUUGUUACUGAUGAGUCUGUUAUCAAACAUAUUAAUUUUUUGUCAAUCUAUACUGUGAUAACAUUUAUCAAAACUGGCCUUUAUUUUGAGAACUUUAAAAUUUUACUUACUUUAUAUAAACUAUUAAAAACAUAUUUUAUAUUAUAACAUGUUUCAAAGAAAUUAAACUAAUUACAUCAUGUAAAUACUGAAUAAUUUAUUGAAAACACUUGACAAGUAACAAAUUCAGUCUUAAAGUCUGCACACGAUCAAUUUUUUAAAACAAACUAUGCAUCAUUUUUAUUGCUUUUUUGAUAUUCUUUACUAUGCUUCACUUGUGAAGUGUAUAUAUCAUAUCCAAGGGAUAUUAUGUUAUCAUAUGCAACUCUGUACUUAGUAGGUAGGAAAUAAAAGUUUAUUAUUUGAGCUGGGGGCCACACUAUCCACUCUGCUUUAUAAAGAGUCCAAAAUUUAUCUCUGACUUCAUCUGUAAAAUUCUCUAAUGGAUCAUCUUCAAAUAUGGCCACUGUAGCAAAAAAUGAUAAAAUAAUGAUCGGUGAGCAAAUACAUUGGUCUAGAAUCAAUUUCUUCACAACCAUACCUAAAGAUCUGCCAAUUAUAAAUCUAUCGAGUACUUUAUACCAAUGGUGGCAAAUAAUGCCUGCAGUACCUCCUGACAGUGCCAUAUGAGAUGUGCGCCCUAAAUCAAUCUUUUCAAUUUCUUUAGUGUGAAUCUCAUAAUUUUGCUCCAUUAAAUCUCCCAUAGUAGAUAUACCAGUUGAUAGCAAAACAUUGGUGUAAAACAGAUAUUUACGACUAAAUGCAUCAUCCAUGGCCUGUCUGUAUGAUGCAUAAGCUUUGGAAAAUGCUCUUCUGAUUGUCAUUAGAUUAAAUAAAUAUUUUUCAUCUAGAACAAAUAAAUCUGGGUUGUAGAUCAGAUUCAACUCCAUUUCACAACAAUGUUUGCUAAUGGUUUCUAAAGGAACUAAAUAGUUACCUAAGUACUAAACUAUACACUGA